AUGGCAACCACCCUCUCAACGACCCUGGUCCUCUUUAUCCUCUUCGCCCCGCACCUCCCCAACCGCAACCACGCCGCCCAAGCCCGCCUUGCCGCCAUCCGCCGCGACGUCAACAUAGCAAUCCGCUCCACAGAGCGCCGACUCGCCCAGAUCAGCCACGACGCGGAGACCCUCGCCCAGCGCAUCGAUUCCGGAGCAGCAGCCGGCAGGCAAGUCCUCUCCCAAAACAUCCAACCGUCCCUCGCAGUCGCGCUCUCUGCGUGCCGUGUUGAAUCCGCCGGCCUAUCGACGCAGCUCAAAUCGCUGUCGUUGCUGUCGUCGCGUGCCACUAUCCAACUGGCGGAGGCGAGGAGGCUGGGCGGGGUUCCCGGGCUGGGGCUUGGGGUGCGGGUGUCGUCUGGGUUGGCGGUGGUGUGGGGGUAUGUGCGGCGGGUGUGGAGGAGGCCGACGGCUGCUGAGGUUGCUGCGGCGGAGAUGAGGGAGAGAUAUAUGCAGCGGGUGACGGAGAAGUGCAGGAUGGAGUUGCAAAAGCCUUGGGACAAGAUGGUGGUGAUGGUUUUGGUUCUGCGGGAAAACCUGGCUCUUCUUACUUAG